AUGCCUCUUCUGUCGGCCAAACUCUAUCAAACAUUUACUAAUAGCCCUGAAGGCAAGGAAGCACUAUACCUUGAUUUCGGCAAAUCGACGGAGGAGAGAGAAGGCGAGACUAACCAUAACAGUCUUCUUGGUGGUUCUGGUGCUCUACUUAACAAUGGAACAGUAUUCUUUCUUGGCAUCAAAGUUGACAUGGCCAUUGCGUUUUGUUGUUACAAUCUCCAUGAACUACUUUUGUGUAUGAAUAUCUUUCAAUGUUUAAUGAAUUGGUACGGGAAAAACGAUGCCGCUGUUAUGAAUAAAGGUCUAGCUUUCUUUAAAUUACUUGUACCGAAUUCGAAUUUACAUUGUGAUUCACUAGCCAACAACUCGAUGAAUACACAGUGGACUAAUGUAGGGACAAAUGCUGCAGCAUCUAUUCCCCAUGGAACUGUACCUACACGUCCUCUCCUUCACAAUUCUGCCAAUUCGCGUACUCGCUACAUCAUUACAACGGAUGGUAUAUACCGGAUUCCUAGAGUGGCGGAUAGGACUAGGUCAAUUCUAUUCAAGACCAAAUUGUGCGCGUGUUUCAUGAGUGGAAAAUUAUGUUUUGAAGGAAAAUCGUGCACUUUCGCGCAUGGAUAUGCCGAGCUGAGAUCCGUGUCUGCCCAUCCACGGUAUCGAACGAGACUUUGCCGAUACAUAUCUCUUGGAAUGGAGUGUCCAUUUGGAGAAAGGUAUACUUUGCUAGCUCCACUACCGUGGACUUUGUUGGAAAUCCUUUGUAAACUGGACAGGCAUUACCGCGAGAGGAAAAUUAGGUGCCGUUUAGUAUACGAAGAUAGAGAACCAAUCUUUCUUGGCGUCAAUCUCCUCGAGGCGAGGGGAAUUGCUUAUUGCGAUCUUCGUGACUUACUUUUGUGUUUGUUCGUCAAUAACAUACUAAAGCCUUUGUUCGGGGAACACGGUGUCGAUGAUAUUACUAUGGCCCUAUCCCUCUUAAACUUACUUGAACCGAAUUCUAAUAGUCAUUGCACCAUACCAUCUAUAAUGCAGCCGCCUACUGUCAUGACAGAUGGUUUGAUAACGAUUCCCUAUGAUCCUGUAUGUGCAAGUCCUUACGUUCACAAUAACGCAGGUUCGACUACUCGCUGCACCCCUUCAACGCAUUCUACGACCUCGAUUAUCCGAGUUGCGCAUGAAAGUGAGCCAAUUCUAUCAACGCCCAUGGAAUGCAAACAUGAGAAGCCUUGCGCCAUCAUGCGUGGGGGUCCACCUGGAAAAGUGCGUUUUUACUAUCGUCCUUAA